CAUUCCCGGAAGAUGCCCAUUUCCACUUACAUAUCCCUGUCCUCUGUCUACCGUAGUACAGAAGAGUAAACUCGACUCAAAGGAAAUUCAAAAGUUCGCUUAUACAACCGACAUUAUUUUUUCGACCGCAAUUUCACUGGACUAAAUCGUACUGAGAGCUGUUGACAAAAUUGUAAGGCCACACCUGUGAUCGCGUAACGAUUUACUGCACAUUAACCGAAAAGCUCAUUAAUUGUCGUUUAGUAGCUACCUUGCAACAUCCAUAGCUAUUUUGGGUUGGAAGAUUACCUGCGCAAAUAAUACUGGUUUGGAUUAACAAUAUAACAUUUAUUGAUCACCGUUUACUUUUUAGGAUAUGGCGCGGACACUUAACAACUUUUUUCUUCACGUUUUGUAGUCCAUCCUCGUUCCUCGAUGUCUAUUGUAAACGCCUGUCCUCCUGACUCCUUUAGUCUGGUUUACUACAGCCAGGCUGCAGCCAAACUGUGGUGCUGGGCCAAUCAUUUCCCAGGAAAAUGUGACUGCUAGGAAUUCCCCACGCAUCAGCCCCUGUUGGAGAAAACUGCAACCUUGUGUCAGGAAGCACACGAAAGCAGCAGGAGGGUAAACUGACCGGUGACUGUACGGGGAUGUGCCGUUUCUCUCCCAACUCGCACAAGGGAUAAUAAUGUUUUUCUAACGUCGCCGUGUUUCAUGAGGACACCCGCUGACUGACUGCAUUAAGCCGGAGAAUAUGCUGUGCUGAUGACAACUUCCACCACAGUGUAGAUGCUCCUGGCACAGCGGGAUCAAGCCUCCGUGUCAGAGAGGGACGUGGCUGCUCCCACCUGAGCCACCGCACUCCUCUGAAACUCGGCUUGUGGUCUCUCUCUUGGAGCUUUUACCACCACCCAGACUAGAGAACAGGAGUACGAGAGGGAAGCCAUUUUGUGAGGUGAAGCUGAGCCCGUGCAGCUAGGAGUAGCCAGGAUAUUUUAGGCUGCUCCCUGCCCUUUGAACUUUACUGCCAUGACGACUGCAGUGCAGCCCAGUGAACUGGUGUUUGAAUUUGCCAGCAACGGGAUGGAUGAAAUCAAUCAGGUGUGCAGUUAUCUCAUCCCCACACCCGUCUCUGAAUCCUGUGGAGCAGGCUUGAUUCUGGAUGACCCAUCGGUAUUCCCAGCGGUGAUUGUGGAACAGGUGCCUACAACAGAUCUUCUGCAGGUCUAUUCAGGUCUGGAGUCCGAUGAGGUAGCCAAUGGCAUCAUGGUGGACACCACACUCCAUGUUGUGGAGGAGCCUUCCAUCUUGGUCGGAGGGGUCGACCUUUCAGAAACAACAGUGUCAGGCGCAGAGGACAGCAUGGAGACGAACGAAGCUGCAGCUGCUCUUCUGAACAUGGAGUCUCCAAACAACAUUCUGGAUGAAAAGCGUAUGAUUCACCCUUACGGCACUCUGCUGGAGUCAGACUUGACGUAUGCUCCUCUGCGGCCUGAUCAAAUGGAUAACGGUGCCCUUGACAUGUCCUUAGACGAGGACACUUCAUCCAUGGAUGAGAUACCCCAGAAGUGUCCCUUAAAACCGCAGAAAAAAAACAAAGUGCGGAAACCGCGGGCAGUGCGUCCCUGCUCUCCCAUCACCACCCCUAACCUGCCACUCAGGAAGAAGAGCAAAGAGGGCAAAGGCAACACAAUCUACUUGUGGGAAUUCCUUCUGGCUUUACUGCAAGAUAAAAACACCUGUCCCAAGUACAUCAAGUGGACGCAACGGGAGAAAGGCAUCUUUAAGCUGGUGGACUCCAAGGCUGUUUCAAAGCUGUGGGGCAAACACAAGAACAAGCCUGACAUGAACUAUGAGACCAUGGGCAGAGCUCUCAGGUACUACUAUCAGAGAGGAAUCCUGGCUAAAGUGGAGGGGCAGCGGCUUGUCUAUCAGUUUAAGGAGAUGCCAGCUGAUCUGGUGGUGAUUGAGGAUGAAGACACGGGCUCUGAUGCUAAUGGCAGCUAUGGAAAUCAGAGAUCUAACAACGGGCGAUCUAUGGUCCGUGGAGGGUCCAAAGGGCACGGGAGGGCUCAUGGUCAACACCAGGUCUCAGGGAAACAGAUGAAGAAAGAGCUUACAGAUGAAUAUCUGUACCAUGAAGGCAAUGGUGGGCAGACUGAGCAGCUUCAGUCUGUUAAUAUGUUGCAGGCCAGCCAAGGAUCGAUUGUCCAAGAUCCAGCACAAGCUAUGAGGACCAUCACCACUCCUGCAUCAGUUCCUAUGGUCCUCACAUCUCCUGGCUCUCUUCAGUCUGUUCCCCUCACCGGUGUUCUGGCCAAUGGAGACUCCAGUCACUGCUCCCCACCUCGGGUUAUUCUUCACACCAUGCCCUCCACCACAGCAGGUGGUAAAGAUGUGCUCACCAUCCAGGCAGCCUCUCUAACAGCUGGAACCAGCAGCCUGCAGGACAGCCUCCCUCAGCAGCUCCUUGUCGCCAGUCUUGGCUCCUCCACUGUCUCCACCUCAUCCUCUGGCACUUCAACUGCAGCAGUCAUUAGUUCCACGGCUUCCAACCUCAGUGGUCUCCCUCGCCUGCUUACCAUCAACACAACCUGUGGGCAGACCAUGGUGGCACAGCAGCCUGGCACUGUGAUUGCCACUGUGCUCAAAUCCAGCGACCUCUCUGGGCUGCAAGUCAAAGAGGAACUGCUGGACUCCAGCUACUUCCAGUCGAUGGUGAACGGUGAUCCAUCACUGGUGGCAAAUACGUUUGAGAAAGAAGAGAUUGAGGUAGGGGAGGCAGAGCUGCAGUAUAGGACUGUGAUCAUUGAUACCAGUCAAAGCCAGGGCCAGGAGGCUGUGAGUGAAACUAUAAUUAAUGGACAUUCCUCCCAGAGCAGCAGCCCUGGUGAAGGCCUGACCCCUGUAGAGGAGCUGGAAGUGCGUGGGGAGAUGUCCCUGCAGCCUGAGCAGGGAAUCAAAGGCCUGCAGGAGCUGCCUCUGUCUGUCCAAUUGCCUGCAAACUUUAUCCAGAUAAAGGCAGAGCCUGCAGAGGCUUAGGGCUGCAGGACUCCUUCACACAAGCUGAACCAAAAACAACAGCUGAAUCCAUCUUGACCACAGACUUUUCUUUUCCUUCCACAGUGAUCUGAUUAGAGAUCAGAGCGAGGGAUCUUGCAGCGAGUUGCCCUUGAAGGUUGGUCAGUUCAUCCCCGGGAUUUAUUGUUUACCCACGUAUUUUGUGACCCUGUGCCUCAUUUUAAAAAUCAAAGUAUUUAGUUUCUUAAGUAGUCAUUUUUUAAAUAUGUGAUUAAUUUUCACAGACAUUAACCCCAACACACAGAGAUACAAAUAUACAUUAAAACUUUUGCACGCACACACACACACAAAUACACGAAAACAAGCUCCCAAUCAAGGAGAACAGCCAUUGGAUAAACCAGGGGUCCCUGUCUACCAAAUGUGCCAGUUAGAAUUUAUUUCUUACCAUGUAUUUCAUUGGACUGUGUUUAAAGAGGAGAAUGCAACCAACCAAAACUGGGGACUGAAUGCCAAAGGGUGCAAUGAGAUCAGACUUCUGAGAAUGUGCCGAGAGUGUGUGUGUCUGUUUGAAACCACAUUUAAGGUUCCGUUCCCACGGAUUAGGGAUGGAUGCUGUGUCAUGGUGUCCAGGUGAAAAACACAUCUCAGAGUUUAAUUGAAGAGUGCCUUACAGAAACAGCUCAAGACUCUUCGUUUGAAACAUCUGAAAAAAAAAAGAUGAAAAUGGACUAAAUGACUUUUCAGACUUUUAGCCUUCUAAGAACUUCUUACUCAUUUAUUUUCAUAUAAACAAAACAGUUAUGCAUUCACUCUCUACUACUCCUGGCCUUAUAACACUGUGUUACUAUGGAAAUGGGCAUUUUCUGUCCGCCAAGGACAGUCCAACAUCAAAACUGUUUGUAUAGAGCCACAGACCGAAGGCAGAGCAAGAUAGGGAGGCACAAAUGGAGAGAAAGAAUACACAGGAUUAAACAGAUUUUAUCAGCCUCUGCUUCAGAGACUCCAAGGUUUAAAUCCUGUGUAUAUGAAAUGGAAUCAUAUAUAUAUGAAUAUAUAUAUAUAUAUAUAUAAAUAUAGAUACAUAUAAUAUACAAUUGAGGUUCAAUUUUAAGGCCAUAACGAAUUUAUUUAUUUUGUGAAUUUCUAAAUUCUGUAUAAAAAGGCACAUUUGUCUUCUAUUUACAUGUGUAAACAUGAGGGAAAAUACAAAGAAUAUGAACGUUAAUACCAGGAAACUUAUUUGGUAGCUUUUUUAAGACCAACAUUUUUAAUUUGUAUAGCAUUCCAUAUAGUCAGUUUUGGUAUUUUCUCGCAUUUUGGACUCGAAUGCUCAGUAUCAUUAUUCCACUGUUAUUAUUCUCUAAUUGUAGAUAUGCCCUGUUGUGUGUCUGAUUUAAACAUGUACUGAAUGUGCUUUGGUUCCUUCUUUUCAGCAGACGUACCUCUUUGUCUUUGCCUCUUCACUUUUAUGCUUACGCUGCAGAAAGACUCAAAUGUAUCAGUCAGUAUGUCUUUGAAAUCAUAUCUCAGUUUCCUUUAGUUAUUUAGUACAACCUGCACUGGUCUUUCAUUCAUUCAUUCAUUUAUUCUUUCUUUGCAUAAUCUCUCCCCUCAUCUCCUCUCACCUUGUCUACUCUCCAUUCUUUCUUGUGCUUGUCUUAUUUUGCCUCGUCUCCUUCAUCCUCUCCUUUCAGCUCCCUUCCUCCCCUCUCCCUCUCCCUCUCCUCUUCUUCUCCUGCUCUCGGGUCAGUCGAGUCUGUGCCUUCUUCAUUUGCUGUCCCACUUUGUUAAGGACCUCUCAGGCCAGCCAUGUGAUUGGCCCCUCAGUCCUGCUCGGGAUGAAGCCAUAUUGAUCCUGAGUGGUAUCACAGCUAAAUUAGUUGUAUUUUUCCACACGGACUGUGGCUACAGAGUGAGGACAUUCAGACAUACUGACCCUCAUCCUCAGUGGCACCUAAGGACAGGAAUUAAACGCUGCUUUACAACCCCACAUCAGCCAAAGGGCUCCGGGUCUGCAAAGACACACUGAAUGUAUGCUUACUGUUUAAGUACUUGCUUAUGCAAUUUUUCGACAAUCAAUAUUUACACUGGGUUAUAUUUGCAUCAAAAUUGUUCUGUUUUUAAGUGGGGAUCUGCUGUUUUUUUUGUUUUUUUUUGUUUUUGCUUUGUAUAUAUUCCCGUAUCUGCUCUGUAUUUUCCAACAGGCACUGUGAGAUGUCGAGGUAUGUCCACCGCUUAAGUUUUGUUGCUUCUGUUGUCUUGGGUUGUCAUUUGCCCCCUAUGCUGAAUAUAGAAUAGAUUUAUAAGAAAAAGUCAUUGUACUAAUUAAAAACAAAAUCUUCUUUACUGAA